AUGAUGUCAACAACAGAAGCAGAUUUGGAUGUCGAGGUGUCCCUUGAGCGUGAGGAAGGCGAGUUAGAGGAUUCUGAUGUUGAAGAAGGUACAUACAUUCCUCUUGCCCGCCCAGAGGCUUUUAAUCCGCCGUCAUUAGUUAACAUGCAGAUACAAGAUGAGGUGAGCGAUGAGCCAUCCCCGGAAGAGUCAUCGGCAUCUGAAUCCGAUGAGGAGCCGCGAAGGCGACCCAAGCGUACCAAGUUGCGCUUACGGCAACCCCAUCAACAACAGCCCUCUAAACGUAAUAAAUACAAUGUUUGGUGUAAAACCGUGCAGGAAGAUUUACUCACUGAGGAUAUGAAACCAAGAUAUUUACCAGAUUUGAUGGUCACCUUGAAGGAUCCUUUGGACAAUAUAGCAAAGGAAAUAGCAGAGAAACUAUCUGAAGAAAAAAAAGAUUUAGUUGGUAGAAUUAUACAAGAACUUGGUGCUAGUAAAGCUAUAGAGAUUUACAAGGAGACUCAAAGGGUAGAAGCUGAUGGGGGCAUGCUUGUAAUGAAUGGCACCCGUCGACGAACUCCGGGUGGUAUUUACUUUUUUCUUCUAAAACAUGAUGAAGACAUCUCUCAGGCAAUGAUUAAUCAGAUAUUCAAUGAAGACCGAAAAGAUACAUCGCGCAAAAUAAAAAAAGCCCGUGGUAAAAGCCGACAAAAAGUCAUGGAACAAUUAAAACAGAGUUUAACAGACUCUGAACUUCCAUCACUGCUAUCACGUGGUGAGGCGACGGUAAAAACUGAGCACGGCUCGAACCCGCCACCAUCACCCGCCACGGACGCGCGUGAAUGCUCCAGUGAUACUGACGGCCAUUCACAUACAGAUGCACCAUUGCAUUCACCAUCUAGGGCGCAUUCACCCCUUCCCAAUCGAACAGAUCCCAGGCAAAUACAAGAUUAUGAUGAUGAUGACUUCCUAGAAGUCAUGUGUAAUGAUGAUAUGGAUCUGUUU